GGGCGCAGCUACCAUCGGCAUCACGUCAGCGAGGGGGCGGGGGAAUUUCCCUGGUGAAUUUUAUGAGUUUCACAGGGGCCUCUUCCAGCUUUGCAAUCAGGACAUUUACGAGUGAGGACAGAAGUUACAUAUCGGAAUAAUUCUGUGAGGUAUAAAAGGAUCGCGGGGCAAACAGCCAUGGACGUGAGAGGUCACUUGCCUGCUAUGUCAAGGCCUCCCCUUCAAGGUGAACCUUAUGUUGAAAUUGUUGAGCAGCCCAAGCAACGCGGUAUGCGUUUCCGAUACAAGUGUGAAGGACGAUCAGCUGGUAGCAUUCCUGGGGAGCACAGCAUGGAUAACAAUAGAACAUAUCCUUCUAUACGGGUUGUGAAUUAUCUCGGAAGAGUGAGAGUUUUGGUUAGUUUAGUAACAAAGAUCGAACCCUUCAAGCCCCAUCCUCAUGACUUGGUUGGGAAAGACUGCAGAGACGGGUUCUAUGAAGCUGACUUUGGCCCUGACCGUAGGAUUCUGUGUUUUCAGAACUUGGGCAUUCAGUGCGUGAGAAGGAAAGAAGUGAAAGAUGCCAUUCUAUUUCGAAUUCAGCGACAACUCAACCCUUUUAAUGUUCCACAGGAACAGCUACUUCAGAUUGAAGAUUAUGACCUGAAUGUGGUGAGGUUGUGUUUCCAGGUUUUUCUUCCUGAUGAACAUGGCAGCUUCUCAAGAGCUCUUCCACCAGUUGUCUCAAACCCUAUAUACGACAACAGAGCACCAAACACAGCGGAGUUAAAAAUUUGUCGUGUCAAUAAGAACACUGGAACUGUUAAGGGGGGAGAUGAAAUUUUUCUACUGUGUGACAAAGUUCAAAAAGAUGACAUUGAAGUUCGUUUCUUUACUCCUAACUGGGAGGCCAAAGGUUCAUUUUCACAAGCUGAUGUCCAUCGGCAGGUUGCCAUUGUCUUUCGAACACCAGCGUAUUGCCAAAGUAAUAUCACCGAGCCUGUAUCAGUGAAAAUGCAGCUUCGCAGACCUUCAGAUCAAGAAGUCAGUGAGCCAAUGGAGUUCAGAUACCUUCCAGAUGAAAGAGAUAACUAUUUUUAUGAAAAAAGAAAGAGAACAGCAGAUGUUUUCCAUAAAAUGAUGCAGGAUUGGGCACCAGAUGUACAACCUAGCGGAAACCGAUCAGACAGGAUAUCGGUUGGUGUGCCUUCUGCAAGAAGACCGUAUCUACCCUCAAAGACAAUUAAACAAGAACCUCACGAUCCAUUUUCUGGACUACAACAGGUGCACGCAAUAUCAACACAGCAGCAGCAUUCAAAGAACCAUAAUCAUAAUAUUUUUAACAGUACAGUUCCCACAAAUUCAAACCAGAUCUUCUCUUCUGGCCAGUCAACAAUGGUACCUACAACCAUGGCAACAGCUGGUGGUCAAAGCUGGCCUCCAAUACCUUCAGAUUGCAAAGUGGAUUUGCACCUUCACACUCCUGGAAAUAGUAACUCAUUGCCAGUGCUUAAUGAAGAUGUGCUGAAAUGUUUAGAACCUCCUACCCCAAAUUGUCUGUUACAUUCAGUGGGUUUUAGACAUGAUGCCAACAGCAAUGGUAUUGCAACUCAACUGAUUCAACAACCUGUUGGUUUCAGCACGUCAGAAACUAUUGUCAAUCAAAGCCCUCACAUUAAUAUGCAAAUGCUUUCCAAUAACAGCAUUGACCAUAAUGAUAUGCAUUUGGUAAGUACAAACUGUGAGCAACCAGUAUCCAUGCCAGGUCUAUGGAAACCAUCAAAUCAACAACCAUCUUCAUCCAUUCAGAGUGUCCAUUUAUCAAAAAAUACCAUGGGAAACAACGCUGUUAUCAAGACUGCUCAACCAAAUUCGCAAAUGCCUGUUAGCAUGCAUGUUGAUGGUGUCCUUGGAGACUUGAACAAAGACCUAGCUUUUAAUGGAGGCAUACAGAUAACGGACGUCAUAGGAAGUGAUGUAUUUAGUAUUAGUGGAGCUGAAGGUAAUGAUUGUAUAAAUUCAAUAACUUCAGAACAUAUAGGUCUGAAUUUCAUGAAUGACGGAAACUUUUGGGGAUUGUGAAUGAAUUUGCCCUUGAAGUAAAACCAAAAUGAACACUUGGAAAAAAUCAGUUGCUGUCUAUAGUUGAAAUUGACUAUAGGCACAUUACUCAAAUUAAUUUCUUUAAUGUGUGGCAAGAACUAGUUAAUGCUACAUCUCAUUUUUAACAUCAGCAAUUUUUGAUUUUUUUUCCCUAUCAAUGAAUGACUGUUAACUGUGCGAUUUAAUGCAACACAUACUAACUUUUGUGCAUUAAUCACACACCAUCACAUUUUUUUAAAAAAAAGCACAAUACAUCAACAUGAACCAGAUCUACCCUGCUGCGAUAUCCCCACCUCAUCGAGUGCAAUUUGAUGAAAGAAUUGUCAAGCAAUUGAGUCAAAAAGCUUAUUUCAAACAGAAUGUUUUGAUGCAGCCUCCCAGGAUAUACCAGCAGGACUUAAAGAAAUCUUGUAUAUCGAUUAUGGAUUAUAUUGGACAUUGCUCUUGGAUUAUUUCUGAAUCAUCUCAUCAACUACUUCCCAGUUACCAAGGAAUGUAUGUUAAUUAUUUGACCUGUUUUAAUAUUCACUUGAAAGCUAUGUGUAUAAUAGUAAGUGAACUCAUUCCUGGAGCUUUUAUUGUGGUCAUAGCAGUUUGGUGGACAGCUUUACAUGGUGAUCCUAAUGUACUGGAGCUUGUAUGAAGUAGGCUUUGAUACUCAGUAAUAAUGAUUAGAAAACAAAUUCACUGAAACUUUCAGAAUUUGAAUAUAUAAAAUUUCACCUCUGCCUUUUAACGUGUCCAUUUGAACCAAUCAAUAGCAGUCCUAAUGAUCAAGUGUUUGUUACGAGAGAAAAUUUCUCCCUCAGAAAACUAAGAAUUGGGAAGUUAAAUUUGAUUAGUGUACACCAGGAGUCUGUGAUCUCAGGAACCAAAAUAUCAAAGAUUGUUCAAGCUUUGGCUAGUCACACAAACAUCAAGUUAAGAAAUGCAGUUUUAGUGAUGAAAUAGAACUAGCAAGAACUAAACAGAUGGAAGAGGAUGAGAGCAGAAAGAAGGGAAAACUUAAUGGAGUGUCAGCUCACAAUUAUGCAAAUUCCAAGUUGAUGGAAAAAUGAUGCUGGCACAGAGAAAACUCCCAUGGGUUUUGAUUAGGCAAAGAAUAUUUGUCUUCUACCUAAAUUCAAUGAAGAGGGAGGAAUACAACUUUGGAGGUGUAUUCCUCUUUUUUUUUAAGAACAACAAUCUGAUGUAACCUUGAAAGCCGGGUUUAGGUGGAUCCUAUAGGAUCAAACAGAGACUCUUUGAUGUAAACUAUGUGUUUAAUGCCCCAAACAGGAAAUGUCAGAGGGUAUGUCAGGUGAACAUUCUUUUUAAAAAAAAUAGGUGCAAUGAAUGUGACUAUAGUUAACAAGUAGGUGUAGUUUAGGUAGUGAAAAAAUUAGCAACAGUGGGUAUGUGGAACCAAGUGAUGUGAUUUCUGAGACUCAGCUAGUUGAGAAUGUUAGAAAAUCUGGAUGAAGUGCCACACCAUUUAUUAGAGAGAACAUGUUAUUGAUCUGUUGGAAAAGUAUGUGCAAGAAUGUGUGGAUGAACUAGAUUGUACAUCUUUGGUCAUUAAUGAUGUGUCAGCAGCCAAAUGAAUUAAAACCUACAGACUUGAUCCAAGCAAAUUCUUAAAGAUCAGAGAGAAAAUUUCAAUUUGUACUUGUAAUGGUGCCAAAAUUUGAUAGUUCCAAAUAUUAGUUUAAUGUUGUAACUGAAAAGAUUCCUAUCCAAAACCAAAAUUCAAUGAUUAUGCUGAAGGUGUGGGAAAAUCUGCCAUUGUUAGAAAGGUCAAUUUGCUUAAUUUGUAUCAGCAAGCACCUUAACUGACUAAGAAAAAAACAAUUGCUGUUGUUUCAUCAGAUGUCUUUUUUAGAGUAAAGCCAUGCCAUUUGGUCUUAAAGAUGCACAGGCAACCUUUUUAGAGAUUUGACUUGUAAAGUGAUGGCUGAGAUUUGAAGUGUAAAUUGAUGACCACUCUGCACACAAUGAUACUUGAAGUGACCAUCUUGAGCAUCUGAAAUCUUUAUUUGAUCAGCUUAGCAAAGAGGGAAUUUGGCAAGGUCACUGACAUUUGUCUUGGAUGUUUAGCUGGUCGAGGUUGAGCUGCCACAAGAAGUUAAAGAUUUUCCUCCAUCCACUUAAAGAAGUGUGAGGAUUACUUGGUACGGGUGGAUUCUGCAGGAAAUUUGUUCCAAACCCAAGUAUUAUAGUCCCUCACUGACAAUUGUUGGGGGAAAGAAAACAUGGAUGUUGUGUGGUUAGAAUCAAGCCAAAGUGCUUUUGAAAUAAGCCUUUGCUUGCAGUACCAGACUUUAAGCUCUUCAAGAUAACUAUUAGGGCUAAAAUGGGGUGGUAGCAGUAUUGUGGCUUAAUAAGCAUCAAAGAAAGCCCCUGACUAAUGAGAAAGAGACCUUAAGUUUUGUACUAUCUCCAACAAUUUGAAAUGAAUACCAGGAGCAGUGAUGGGGAUGUAAUAGUUUAUACUAUACACAAUCUCCUCGCGCCUUAUAGAGCUUCAAAACAAAGAAACAAUGGCUGUUUCAGUGGAGUUUUAUGUUGCAACCCUUUGCACAAAACUCUUGCAUGUUUCAGGGAAAAAUGUGAUGGCUGAUGUAAUAAAAACAGAAUGCUGGAAUAACUUGGGUCAGGUAGAAUCUGUGGAGAAAGAAACAGUCAAUGACCUUUCAUCAGAAAAUGUAUGAUUUCUGAAUCAUCUCGUGAACUGUUUCCCAGAAUGUAUGAUAACCAAUUUGAUUUGUUCUGAUGAAAUGUUAACUGCUCUGUAGUUGUUGCCAGACCUGCUCCAGUGUUUUCUGUUUUUAUUUCAGGCAUCUGGGUUUUUAUUUUGCUUUUAUGAUUGCUGAUAUUCUGGUUAUAGCCUAAUUCUUGAAAGAAAAGUGACAAAUAUGUUGCCUUUGUUGUACAGCAUAUGAUGGUUAAAAUGCUUUCUUUAUGAACUUGAUGCAUGUAGGUAGGUUUUCUUUACCACAAAAUAACUACUAUAAAGACUGUUGUCAAAGGAGGAGGAUGUGUUGUAACCCCCAAUGCCAGAAUCCUUUGGAGUCAUCUGGAUUUCUUCCUGAGUCAUGGCUUCCCCUCUACCGCAUUGGACAGAACCCUUACCCACAUCUCAACUACUUCUUGCACCUCUGCUCUCACUUGCACUUCUAAUCUAGUGUAUUCAGUGUUCACAAUGUGGACCCCUCUACACUGGAGAAGCCAAAUGCAGAUUGGGUGAUCGCUUUGCAGAGCACCUAUACUCAGUCUGCAGGAGUGAUCCUGAGAUUCUAGCUCCUGCCACUUUAAUUCACCAUCACACUCGCACUCUGACCUGUCUGUCUGCUGCCCUCUUGAGCUGUUGCAAUGAUGCCCAAUAUAAGCUUGAAAAACAACACCUCAUCUUCCAUCUGGGCACGCUGCAGCCUCCCAGACUCAAUAUUGAAUUCUCCAACUUUCAAGAAGCCAAUUCUUUCUUUGUCUGUAUGAGAAAUGGGAGCUUCAGCCUGUCUCCAUUUUGGCUCAGUUUUUCUUAUUCUAUUUGUAUUGACAAGGAAUCUUAAUAUUGCUGGUAACUGCCCCUAUUAACCCACUUGGUCUCACCCUAAAAAGUAUUCCUUUUGUUCUACCAAUCCCUUUCCCACCACCUCUCCUACUGAAAACUAACUUCAUUUUUUUUUCUUUCCCUGUUCUGAAGAAGAGUCCCAGAUCUGAAGUGUUAACUGCUUCUCUUUCCACAGAUGUUGCCUGACCUGCUGAGUGUUUCCAGCGUUUUUGGUUUUUAUUUCUAUUUUCCAGCAGCUGCAGCUUUUUUUGUUUGUUUUUCUUUUUACUGGAUUUUAUCCUUGCUGGCCUAUAGCCAUCCUUGAAGGACUUUUAUUCGAAGUGGAAGGCAUUGCGAUGGUAAUAGCAGUUUAAUUAUUGAAAAGUUAGUUGCAGAAACUCAAUUGGGACUGGGGUGGGUGGGGGGGGGGGCAGAGGGUGGCACGGGACAGGAGGUGGUGUUGGGAGAACAGGAGACUUUCAUUUGGUGCAAUUUUCCAUACUACACCAAAGGAACUUAAAUUUCUCACAUGAAUUGUGGAUGACACUAGAUAUUACACAGCCUGUUCAUGGAUGAUUUUUGAAGGAAUGCACGUUAAACAUUUGAUGUAAUCUUCAGUAAAGUCUUUGUAAUUAUCAAGUAAAAAUCUUUUCUGGUAAUCAGGUUGUCAACUUUACAUCAUGAUCUUUAAAUGGGCGUAAGUUAUCCACCCUGACGUCUCCUGUUCCCCUAGACUACUGCUGUAAAAUUGAUGGAUUCAGAGUUGUGUAUAUGGAAUUGAUAUCAACAAGAGCACUAAAUGACAGUGGUAAGAUGGCAAUUUGUUUGUCACUUCUCAUCCAUGUGGAGAUGUAUGUCCUAAAACAAAUGAGGGUCAAGUGAGGAAAAAAAAGCAAAGAAAUGGAGGUUAUAACAUUUUACUGUAACGGUGGCUAAGGUAAUGCCUGAUCACCUUCUAGCAAAGGAGGAAUAUUGCAGUCUGAUUUAAUUCAAUUAUUACCCUAAUCACAGGACAUUGGGACAGUGGCUGGGUGUCCUUUGAGGAAGGAGCUGUCUGUUGAAGUGCUACGAGUAAUGUUUUUCAAACUUCCCAGAAACUUGAGAAAAAUUCUAGGCACUCCUACUUCCUAGGAGCUCCUACAAAUACUGACACAUGCCUGGGGCCCCACAGCAAGUGUUUAUAUUCUCCAGUGGGUAACAGUUGAAAAAUAUUACAGGUAUCUGUUGACAUUAUUUGUGGCACAGAUUUUCCAUAAACUAGUACGCAGUAACAGAAGCAUACAUUUUGUAAAUUAGUAAAACUGGAGUAAAUCUUGAUAUCUUGGACCGCUUGCUGUUCCUGUCCAAUUCCUCCAUUUGUUUGAUUAUAUAAGCCUUCAAAUGACAAUACUAUGCUACUAUCAUUUUAACAGUGCGGUCAAAACUGCUUUAAUUGUGGUUAGUAUUAAUCUUGAUUAAUUGUGAUCUCUUUUAAGUUUCCAUUUUUAUUAUAUUUAAGUUCUCAAAGUGGUAGAAUAAAUCAUUAGAAAAUUAGAUUUACUUUACGAAUUUUGCAUUGUAAAGUUGUAAAUACACUUUUAUAUAAGGGGCUUCCCUUAAUGUUUGUAAUGACUGUGUCAGCCUAACUACUUGCAAGGAAAGUUCUCAGUUUAUAACCCUUUUUUUUGAUAAUUUGAAUGUAAAGUUGUAAUAUUGCUUACUGUGAUUAGUCUUUAUAUGCCAAAUGGGAUUUUUAAAUAUCAUUCUUCCCCACUAUCAAUGUUUUUCACUUUGAUAUUCAAAAUGCU